GUGGAGCAAAGAGAAUAAAAAAUUUAGAAGCCCAUAAUGAAAGGAACUCCACCUGCCACUCCCUCACACUCUCUGCUGUUACCAGUGAUCUAAGAUGCAUAAAAAGGCCAUCUAAUUAUCACCAAAUUAAAUGUAACUAUCAUGUUCCUUCAAACCAUGCAAAUGUGCAUGAUCAAAAAACCGAUUGGCUCGACGAGUUACAAAAUGUUGCUCGUAAACAGUUGGAUGCUUUCUAUCGGUUUUCUCGACCGCAUACAGUAAUCGGAACCAUUAUAGGCAUUACAACAGUGUCUGUUCUUCCUGUUGAAACCAUUUCUGAUAUUUCUCCUACAUUCUUUCUGGGACUCUUCAAGGCUCUGGUCCCAGCAAUAUUCAUGAAUAUUUAUGUUGUAGGACUGAAUCAGCUGUUUGAUGUCGAAAUCGAUAAGGUGAAUAAACCUACUCUUCCACUUGCUUCAGGAGAGUUCUCCAUGUCAACCGGAAUAGUCUUAGUAGCAGCUUCUUGUAUCAUGAGCUUUGCCAUGGGAGUGAAGUCCGGAUCUCCGCCAGUUCUAUUUGCAUUACUCAUCAGUUUUCUCCUCGGAAGCGCUUACUCUGUCGAUCUUCCGCUACUUAGAUGGAAAAGACACGCCUUUCUUGCUGCGUCGUGCAUCCUAUGUGUGAGGGCUAUCUUGGUUCAAUUAGCCUUCUUCAUGCAUAUACAGAGAUAUGUAUUAGGAAGGCCUAUAGUUUUGAAGAAGUCGGUGAUCUUCGCCACGGCUUUCAUGUGUUUCUUCUCUGCUGUUAUAGCUUUGUUCAAGGACAUACCGGAUGUCGACGGAGAUAGAGACUACGGAAUCCAAUCCUUCAGCGUUCGCUUAGGUCAAAAGAAGGUAUUUUGGCUUUGCGUCAAGUUACUGUUGACGGCGUACGCUAUUGCCAUGUUGGUGGGCGCUUCAUCCUGCGACAAACUUCGAAGGCUUGUAACCGUUUUCGGCCAUGGUUCACUUGCUUCUGUUCUUCUGCUGCGCGCACGACGCCUUGAUGUUCAGAACAAGACAUCCAUUACAGCAUUCUACAUGUUUAUUUGGAAGCUAUUUUACGCCGAAUAUUUCCUGAUUCCUUUUGUGAGUUGA